AUGACCAUCACCCUGCAACAGAACUCUCUAGAGCAGAGCGCUUCAAAGCUACGCACCUCGACGCGCGCCAUGGAAACUACCACCAAUAUUACGCGAAGUUCCGGGCGCCCAAUGUCCCGGAUGAAACCUUUCCAUUCUUCCAUCAGAGUUCCUCCGCAACGCGCGAGUCAUGGACCUCGGCUGCAACGGGGCAAACUGACCAAUGAGGCGAUAGCGCAAUGCGGCACGGCCGCCGCAGUCGGCGUCGAUAUCGAUCAAUGGCUGGUCGAGCAGGCGAAGGCAGCGUACCCGGACGGGCCGUGCACAUUUGAGCACUUUGGCUUCCUGGAUGCGUCCGCGUACAAAGGUACCGCGCUGGGCAAGUUCGACGUUGUCCUACUGCUCUCUGUUACCAAGUGGCUUCAUCUGAACAACGGGGACGCCGGGAUAGUUACGCUGUUUGCGCAUAUACAAAGUAUACUGAAUGAGGAGGGUUAUCUCGUUGAGCCGCAGCCUAUGAGCAAUUGUGCGAGGGCUUCGAAAAGAAAUAAAGAAUUGAGAGAGACGUAUAAGACUCUCCAGAUUAAACCAUCGUUUGAUGAUGAGUUGAAAGCGCAGGGAUUUGAGAGGAUACUUGAAUUUAAGAGGGACGAGGAAGGGUUUGCUAGGCCUGUACAUGUUUGGAGAAAAAAGCAUCAUAAUAUGAUCAACGGAGACGGCUUCAAAUGA